AAAAAAUAAACACUUCUAGCAAAGAAAAAUUGUGUACUAUAAUUUCUGGUGGGGAUUUUGAUUCCACGGUAAACAUAUAUAAGUGGUGAAUAACGCUAAAACUCACAGUUUAGUGCACGUUGUCUGAUUCUAUGCGAAAGCUGUCACCAUGGACAAAUUUAAGAUCAUCGCUUUUUUUCUUAUGUUGGGUGUAACUUGCACUCCAGUUACGUCAACUUAUGGAAUAUAUCAGCCUCAAUUUUUUCGUUUUCCACCAAUGCAACAACCUUAUACACCAUAUGCCUAUUAUGAUAGCUACAGGAUAAACACUGGAAUUAAACCAUUUCCCGCUGCUACUUAUCCAAAUGGUUAUCCUAAUUAUCCAGUUUAUAGUUACACUCCUGUAUACGACUAUCGAUAUCCACCAGUACAGUUUUAUAUUGGAGGAAGACCAGUAUAUCCACUACCGCCACCUCAGAUUCCUGGACCCGAAGAUCCAUCGCCAAAAGACAAAUCUAAAAAAGACAAGAAGAAUAAGAAAGACGACAAAGAAGAUAAAGAAGAUCCUGAUAAAGAUACUGAAAAUGGCGAUGAAGAUGAAGACGACAAAAUUGAAAAAUUAGAUAAAAAUGAUGAAAAAAAGAAAAAUAAAAAUGAUAAAAAACCCAAAAAACCAGAAGAAGAUAAAAAAAAGCCAGAAGAUAAAAAAAAAUCCGAGGAAAAUUCCACUGAACGUAAUGAAGAUUCUGUUACAGUCGAUGCAUUAGAGUAAAAAUAAAAAAUUCCACCAUAAUUUUCUUUCACUAUUGUAAAUUCUCUAAAUUGAAAUUUAAAAAUAAACAAAUAAAUACGUAAAUUAAUAUUGAAACAGAAUCUUGUAAGAAAAUCGAAAAAUUAGAAAAAAAAAAUUAUGUAAAUAGAAAUGUUAUAUUUUAAGUUUAUUUUUUUCAUUUUAAAAGAAUUUUUCUAUUAAAACAUAUAUCCUAUUAGAAUUAAUUUAGUAUAAUUCAUAUAAAUUGUACAAUGUAAAAAAAUAUAUCAAAUAAAUAAAACAUUUUUCAGCAUAAA